GACUCGCAGAAGCUGCUGGAGACGACGGACCUGGUUCUGGUUCUGAGGAGGUUCUGGUUCUGGUUCUGAAGGUUCUGCUGGACUUGGAUCAUGUUGGACCCGAAUCCCGGAUUAUCUGCAGUUCUGCUGCUGCUGGUUCUGCACGGCUGCACCGCCCAACACGUUUUCCUGAAUGGCCAGCAGGCGGCGGAGGUUCUGGUCCGGAACCGACGAGCCAAUCAGAUGUUUGAGGAGCUGAAACCUGGAAACCUGGAGAGAGAAUGUCUGGAGGAAAUCUGCGAUCACGAAGAAGCUCGGGAGGUGUUUGAGAACCCCGAUAAGACGGAAAACUUCUGGGGGAAAUAUCUGGACUGUAAAGGCGACGUGUUGGAAAGAACAACAGCGACCAUCGGCUCCGUCAGAAUGUGCAUCGAAGGUCACUGCAUCUCCGGUAACGGACAGACCUACCGAGGCGACAUCAACAUCACACGCUUAGGCAGAACCUGCCAGCGCUGGAGCGGCAGCUUCCCUCAUCCCAUCUUCAGGGAGUUCAACGUUUCGGAACCCGGCAGCAUCCUGGAGGAGAACUUCUGCAGGAACCCUGACAACGACCCCAAAGGGCCGUGGUGUUUCACCACCGACCCGGAAGUCAAGAAAGACACGUGCCAUGUACCAAUAUGUGGCCAGGACUUUGUCCCUUCCACCGCGGCCCCGACCCAGUCUCUUGUCCGAAGCACCGAGUGUUUUCCCAACGUGGGCAUCGACUACGUGGGCGGCCUGAGCGUCACCCUGGGCGGCCACACCUGCCUGCCCUGGUCCUCGUCGCUAACGCUCGCCCGGAGGAAGGACAAGGAGUUCAUCCCGGAGGUCGCGCUGCCAGGAAACAAGUGCCGGAACCCGGACGGCGACCCAGAGGGGCCGUGGUGCUACGUGAACGUCCACGGAAACAUCACCGUGGACUACUGCGACCUGCAGCUGUGUGACGAUUCUCUGGCCGGAGGAUACGAGGAGCAGACGGAGGUCAAGGGAAUGGAACGUUCCGUCUUAACUCCAGCCAAGAAACGCUUCUUCAAUCCUCGCACCUUCGGAGACGGAGAAGACGACUGCGGGCUGCGUCCACUUUUUGAAAAGGCGGGAAAGAAGGACGAGAAGGAGAACGAGCUGCUGGCGUCGUACACGGCACAGAAACGCGUCGUUGGAGGCGACGACGCCGAGGUGGCCUCGGCGCCAUGGCAGGUGAUGCUGUACAAGCGCAGCCCCCAGGAGCUGCUAUGCGGCGCUAGCCUGAUUAGCGACCAGUGGAUCCUGACGGCGGCUCAUUGUAUCCUGUACCCGCCCUGGAACAAGAACUUCACGUCCAACGACAUCCUGGUCCGGCUGGGGAAGCACAACCGAGCCAGGUUCGAGCGAGGGACGGAGAAGAUCGUGGCGAUCGACGACAUCAUCGUCCACCCCAAAUACAACUGGAGGGAGAACCUGAACCGAGACAUCGCGCUGCUGCACCUGAGACGGCCGGUCGUCUUCACCGACGAGAUCCAUCCCAUCUGCCUGCCCAGCAAGAAGGUGGCCCGGGCUCUGAUGUCGGAGGGCUUCAAGGGCCGGGUCACCGGCUGGGGGAACCUGAAGGAGACGUGGAACCCGUCGUCCAGGAACCUUCCCACCGUCCUGCAGCAGAUCCACCUGCCCAUCGUGGAGCAGGACGUCUGCGUCAGGUCCACGUCCGUCAGGAUCACCGACAACAUGUUCUGCGCCGGUUUCAAACCCACAGAUAAAGAACGUGGCGACGCCUGCGAGGGCGACAGUGGAGGACCGUUCGUGAUGAAGUACCCCCUGGAGAACCGCUGGUACCAGAUCGGGAUCGUGUCGUGGGGCGAGGGCUGCGACCGCGACGGGAAGUACGGCUUCUACACGCACCUGUUCCGGAUGGGAAGGUGGAUGAGGAAGGUGAUCGAGAGGGUGGGCGGGGACGACGACUAGCCCCGCCCCCACCGAGGCUAGCCCCGCCCACAGGGCGGAUAGCCCCACCCACUUCCUGUCCACCUGUAAACAACAUGAUGCUAAUAAAGUUUGUGUUCAUAACUGCU